AUGUUCAAGCGUCUCGUCACUGUCGCCCCUCGCUCCGUCCAGACCGCAGGCCGUGCCCCGGCCCCUGCUCCCGUCCAGCGUCGCUCAUAUCACGAGAAGGUGCUCGACCACUACAACAACCCCCGAAACGUCGGCUCCUUCAAGAAGGGUGACCAGGACGUUGGCACCGGCCUCGUUGGAGCCCCCGCCUGUGGCGACGUCAUGAAGCUUCAGAUCCGUGUGAACAAGGACACCGGCAAGAUUGAUGACGUUGUCUUCAAAACUUUCGGCUGCGGCAGUGCCAUCGCUUCCUCCAGCUACCUGACCGAGCUGGUCCGCGGCAUGUCCCUCGAGGAGGCUGGUAAGAUCAAGAACACUGAUGUGGCUAAGGAGCUCUGCCUUCCUCCUGUCAAGCUGCACUGCUCUAUGCUCGCCGAGGAUGCCAUCAAGUCCGCCAUCUCGGACUACUACACCAAGAACCCCAACGCCCGCUCAACCGAUCUCUCCGGGACGGGUGCUUCAAUUCCCGAUGUCAAGAUUGAGUCUGGUAGCCCUGCCGCCUCCCUCUAA